CCCUAAAUUCUCAACUCUCUCUCUCCCUCGCUCCUCUGCCUCGCCCUCGCCGUUUCCAGAGGGAAAUCGACAGCGAAGAUAAAAAUUAAUCAGCUUUCACAAAACCCUGAUCUCCGCUUUCUGUCGCCUCCUCUCAAACCCUAACCCUAAGAGAUGAUGAGCAGGGGAGUUGGAGGAAGGGCCAGAUUACGAAGUGAGUACUCACCUAGAUUCGAGGAGAGAGAACGGCGUUCUGGCUGGGGCAUUGCCCCUCCAUCACGUAGCCUUUGGGUUGGUAACUUGAGCACUCACGUGACACAAAAUGUUCUCUCCGAGCAUUUUCUGCGGUUUGGGGAUCUGGACAACAUAUCUUACAUCCCAGGCAAAAGCUUUGCUUUUGUGAACUACAAGAGGGAGGAAGAUGCUAUCAUUGCGAUGAGAAGUCUUCAAGGAUUCAAUCUUGCAGGGAUGCCACUUAAGAUCGAGUUUGCUAAGGGGGAUGGGGCUUCAGUGUCAACUCAGGGUGAGAAACAGUUGCUUUAUGAUGAUGUCAGACAGACAAUGGAACAGGGAGACUUACUUAAACACAGAGACUUGAGACCACAGCGUCCAAGUCUUGAAAAAGCUUAUGAUAAGCCCAAGAAUAAUAAGAGUGCAGAGCCAAAUGAAAUGUUAUGGAUAGGAUUCCCUUCCUUCAUGAAUGUUGAUGAAAUGGUUCUGAGAAGGGCUUUUUCGCCCUUUGGGGAAAUCGAGAAGAUUUCUGCAUAUCCUGGUCGGACCUAUGCUUUUGUUCGAUUUAAGACCAUACUGGCAGCAUGCAGGGCUAAAGAAGCUCUUCAAGGAAAGCUUUUCAAUAACCCUCGAGUUAACAUAUGCUUUGCCCGGGGCGAUAGUUCAGCUGAGCAAGAAAGGGGACAAGGGAGUGAUCCUUACUCCUCGCUUGUCAGGUCUAGUUUUCAUCCUGAUAUGAGUGGUCAAGGUACUCGUGAAAGAUUUCAACGAGAGAGAAGUUAUGAGAGUCCAUUCAGAGGAGAAUUUCACAUGGCAUCCCCAGGAUUUAUGUCGAAUUUGGACCACAUUGCUAGGGAUCCAAGCACAGUUAGUUUUGAUAGAAAUAGCUCUAUUCGAACUAAUAGUGCGGUACCAGGAUCCAACUUUGGUGAUGUUGCCUUUGAACAUGGAAGACUUCAAGAAUUAGGUCCUGAAAGGGCAUUGGAGGAUCCUUAUGAACAUCAUAGAGAUAGUCCUGCAGCAGAUAAGCCAGCACCAUGGCUUGAUUUAUCUUUUGAAAGGGCUCGGAAAGCUCCACCUCUUGAUCCUUGGAGCCCGGAGAGUGGCUCCUUUUCUUCUUUAGCAAAAAAGCUAAAGACAGACCCGUCUCCUGAUAAUGAACUUCCUGAAUAUCCAUUCUCGGACUUUGAACAAGGAAAACGCUCUGGCCUUCCCAAGUUAUACCCUGGCUUAGCUGAUCAGCCUACUUACGGUAAAAGUUUUGACUUGAUGACCUUUGGUUCUAAAGUGGCUCCCGAUCCCUCCAGAAAUAUAGCUCGUCCAUUCAUUGAAAGUAAUGAUUCAUGGCGAAAUUUUGAUGGUCCUAGUGCUGCUCCUGGCUUGUCACUGCAAAAAUUCGGUUCAGAACCUCCUCAACCUUCGCUUAGUAAAGAGUGGAAGUGGGAGGGAACAAUAGCAAAGGGUGGGAAUGCGAUUUGUCGAGCUCGUUGCUUUCCUGUUGGAAAAGUGUUGGAUUUUAUGCUGCCAGAGACGCUAAAUUGCACCGCAAGGACAGGUCUUGAUAUGCUUGCCAAACAUUACUAUCAAGCAGCAUGUUCGUGGGUGGUUUUCUUUGUCCCAGCAACAGAUGCUGAUAUGAGUUUUUACAAUGAAUUUAUGCAUUUUCUCGGGGAGAAGCAGCGGGCUGCAGUUGCUAAACUUGAAGAGAAAGUUAGCUUAUUCCUCGUACCACCGUCAGAUUUUUCUGAACAAGUGCUGAAAGUUCCAGGGAAAGUUAGCAUCUCUGGUGUUAUUCUAAGGUUUCAGCAACCUAGUUCUAGCUUCAGCUCCCUCAACAAUCAAAUGGAAGCUAUGGAAUCUAGACCUCCAGCCACCAAGCCCCAUCCAAAUGAAAGAACUAAUUUUCACGGAGAUGCUUCAUUUCCAAAGCCAAGUUCACCUGAAUUUAGGCCAUUCUCUCAGCACCAGAGCUUUAUAGGUUCAUCAUCUGGACGUCCAGCUCCUCUGUCUUCUUUCCCGCCACCACAAAAACCAGGCAAUAAUCUUCAUAAAGAGAACAGACAUGAUCAGAUCCAGCACCAGAAUCCACCAUUCAUAUCGAACUGGUCGAAUAAUCCACCUCUUCCAAAUACUACCACUGGAGCUUUUUUGCCACCUCCUAGUACUGCUCCUCUAGCUGAAGGAUAUCCACCUCUAAAUCCUAAGGCCUCACAAGAAACAUCCUCUAGAAAUUACACACCUGAAGCUUCUAAUAAUGUUCUAUUAGCUCUCAGCAAGAUUCCACAGCAACAGCAGGAAGUUAAACCGCAGGUUACCUCACCAAUGCAACUUCCUCUUCACCCUGAGCAACUCGCGCACCUUGCUGUGAUUCUUGGACAACAGAAGCAAUCAGAAAAUACUAGUUCACAAUCAGGAGACUACAGACAAUCCAACCUGCCUUCAAAUCCACGAGUUAAGCAAUCGGGAAAUUUACAAUCAGGAGAUAAUGGACAACUUAACCUGCCUCAAGUCCCUAGCUCCCAAAGCCACACUUCUUUGCCUCAAAUCCAAUUGUUUCCUCGCGCCCCUCAGCCAACAAUGGGUCAACAAGUUAGCCAAUUACCACAGUUACAGAAGCAGGUACCGAGUGCUUCCACAAUGCAACAGCCCAUCGAGAAUCCAGUUCAGCAAAGUAACCAGCAAGCAUCGAACAACAACGGGGAAGAGACGGAGGCAGAUCCACAGAAGCGCCUUCAGGCUACCUUGCAGCUGGCUGCAGCACUUCUUCAGCAGAUUCAGCAACAAGCAAAGAACUGAGCAGACACAGUUCUGAUGAGGAGCGAGUUAAUUAUUGACAUGGGAGUCUUUGAAACUUUUCACUCUCACUUGGUCUCAUACAUCAGUAAUCAGGAGACACGAA